CUCUUGCAGGCAGCGAUGGGGGACGUGAGACUCGUAUCGGGUUCAGCUCUCUCUAAGGCCUCGGUGACGAUGGACCAAUCCCGCGCCAAGUCCUCACUGCCGCGCGCUGCGCCCGCUUUUACCCUCCCGCCCCGGAACACCCGGGUCACAUUGGGCGGCACAGCCAGGAUCGACGGCAAGGUCCGGGGGAGUCCGGAACCGCGGGUCACGUGGUACAGGAACGGGCAGCCGGUCCAAGAUGGCGGCCGGUGCAGCGCGGAGCAGAGUGCGAGGGGAACGUUCUGCCUCACCAUAAAGGAAGUCGGCGAGGAGGAUGGCGGGAAAUACACCUGCGAAGCGACCAAUGAGGAGGGAGUGCGCCAAGUGACCAUCGAACUGAUUGUGGAAGGUAGCGCGGUGCCGCGGUACGCCUUGCCGUCCAGCUCCCGCAGUCCCGGAAGCCCACUUGGGGUCCCCCAGAUAGAAAACCGCCCCAGUAUUUGGGGUGAGAGCCCCCCGAAGUUUGUUACAAAGCCCAAUCGCAGUGUGGUGACGGCGGGUCAGACCGGACGGUUCUCCUUCAAGGUCACCGGACGCCCCCAGCCGGCUGUCACCUGGCACAAGGACGAUGUUCAGCUGCUGAUCGGAGGGCGAUGGAAGACGUACGACAAGUCCGGGGUGCAUUUCCUGGAGAUUCGGGACGUGUGCGGAGCGGAUGCUGGAAAUUAUAGCGUCACGGUGACGAACAGUUGUGGGCGGAGCUCUGUGUGCGCAGAGCUGGUUGUUCAAGGCGGUGACGAGACUGACGGAACCUCCCCUCCACUAGGGGGCUCUGUGACACACACAGCCAAGCCCCCCAUCGCCUCUAAUGGUAUACUUAAAACGCACAGGGAUGCCAUUCCAGAAAAGGGCAGAAGUACGGAAAGUGCCACCAGGAAACCGGAGCCCAAUGCGGAGCCUAUGAAAGCCAAGUCGAGUUAUGUUUCCAAAGAGGGGUCUUCAGUGUCCUCCACAGCCCAGCCCCCCAGCCUGAAGUCCGAGUCUUCAAGCGCCUUCAUGAGAGGUCCACCAUCUCCAAUAACUGACUCUGCCGGAUCCCGACACAAACAAUCUGAAGAGUCGUCAUCACCGACCACCCAUGCAAAGACGCAAACCACCAGAACAGCCAAAGAGACGCCGUCCAUCGUCUCCCGUUACACCUCAAUGCUGGACCCAAAGGAGAGAUCUCCGGCCCCUUCUAGAGAAACGGAGACCAAACCCCCAGAUGAACCACGUCCUCAGAAUCUUCCUAGUUUAGAUAUAAAGACUAAAUCCCUCGUUGAGACAAAGUUUGGUUCACCAAAAGUGGCCUCAACUCUUGUGUCAAGCUACUCGAGUAGCAUAGAGUCCAAAGUGAGGCCGUCACAGAAGACGCCAGAGGCCCAAAGUCCAUCCUCCAUGGAGACCACCAGUUCUUUGCCUUCCAGGUACGCGAGUUCAGGACACAACAUUGGGAGCUAUUAUACACCGAAUGUUCCUGCGAAAACAAAAGAGACUGCGGGGUGCAAGUCGCCCCCCAAAACGGAGAACCUCUUUCCCCAGAAGUCGGCCCCCAAAACGGAGAACCUCUUUCCCCAGAAGUCAGCCCCCAAAACGGAGAACCUCUUUCCCCAGAAGUCGGCCCCCAAAACGGAGAACCUCUUAACCCAGAAGUCGCCCCCCAAAACGGAGAACCUCUUUCCCCAGAAGUCGGCCCCCAAAACGGAGAACCUCUUAACCCAGAAGUCACCCCCCAAAACGGAGAACUUCUUUCCCCAGAAGUCGGCCCCCAAAACGGAGAACCUCUUUCUCCAGAAGUCGGACCCCAAAACGGAGAACCUCUUUCCCCAGAAGUCGGCCCCCAAAACGGAGAACCUCUUUCUCCAGAAGUCGGACCCCAAAACGGAGAACCUCUUUCCCCAGAAGUCGGCCCCCAAAACGGAGAACCUCUUUCUCCAGAAGUCGGACCCCAAAACGGAGAACCUCUUUCCCCAGAAGUCGCCCCCCAAAACGGAGAACCUCUUUCCCCAGAAGUCGGCUCCCAAAACGGAGAACCUCUUUCCCCAGAAGUCGGCCCCCAAAACGGAGAACAUCUUUCCCCAGAAGUCGGCCCCCAAAACGGAGAACUUCUUUCCCCAGAAGUCGGCUCCCAAAACGGAGAACCUCUUUUUCCAGAAGUCGGCCCCCAAAACGGAGAACCUCUUUCUCCAGAAGUCGGCCCCCAAAACGGAGAACCUCUUUCCCCAGAAGUCGGCCCCCAAAUCGGAGAACCUCUUUCCCCAGAAGUCGGCCUCCAGCAGGCCGGCAGAUAUUUCUUCAACAGAUGGCAUAACGUUGGCAGAUAAGCCUUCAAAGGAGACCUCUGUUCCUCUCAGGACUCCGACAUCGAAAGGAGAGACCACUUUCAUUUCCAUUCAUGACAAAAAAAGCGACAAGACGUUGGUUGAGCCCCCUCUGAAGACCUCAUGUGUGUCCACCAAAGAGACUUUGAGGACCACACAAUACGUCACCCCCAAACUGGAGCCGCCAAAAAAUGGAGCCGGCAGCAUCUGCCAAUCGACGACUAACAUUUUACUGAAAAAAAGCUCCGUCUCUUCCCCAAACCUCAAAUCCGAAUCGCCCUUCGAAAAAACCCACAACGUCGUAUCUGGUUUCCACCACAGAGGGCGAGCCGCUGAGGUCGCCUCCUCCGGCAGUGAUGGGAAGUAUCAGCAGAAAUCGUCCAGCACCAUCACUCUGAAGUCUAUAAAAAUCCUUCCCUCGUCUGAGACCGGCCGUAGCGUCACGGGACAAAAGGAGAACGUGGAGGUCUCCAAAAUUCAGGAGGUGUCUUUUGGUUCUGGGGAUGACCAGAAGGGGGCAGCAGAGACUGACAGUUCUGAAUGUGGAACGGCUCCGAAGUUUGACCUUACGCCAUCGAGCCAGGAGGUGCUGGAAGGCAGCAGUGUCACCUUCCGCUGCAAAGUGUCAGGAGAACCCAAGCCUUGCAUUGAGUGGUAUAAAGAAGGCUCCCGGGUGGAGGAGAAGGAAGGAGUGGAGGUGCGGAGAGGGAGUCGGAUCCACUCCUUAAAUCUGAGGAAAGUUCAGCCCGGGGACGGAGGGACCUACAGCUGUGAGAUAUCCAACCACAAGGGUCACCAGGCUUGUAGCUGGACCCUGACAGUGAAAAGGUCCCAGCCGGAGCAGUUUGCCCCCCGCUUUGAGCAGGUUCUGCAGGGCUGCGCAGUGAUGGAGGGCCAGGACUUCGCUCUGAGCUGCACUGUGCGGGGGGAGCCGCGCCCUGACAUCACAUGGCUGCUGAACGAUCGGCCCAUCCAAUACGCACAUACCACCUACGAGGGCGGGACGGCACGGCUGACUGUACAGGACGCCCUGCCGGAGGACGAGGGGGUGUACACCUGCCGAGCACAGAACAGCGCGGGAUCCGCCUCCUGCAGCACCACGGUGACCGUAUCUGAGAAGAAAUCCUCGGCAGAGCCGGAGGGGUUCAGCGAUGUCGCCCCGAGCGCCAGUUUUGCUCCGAUUUUCGUGAAGGGUCUCCGCGAUCUCCAGGUGAUGGACGGCAGUCAGGUGGUGAUGAGCGUGGAGGUGUCAGCCAACCCGCCGGCGGAGGUCGUCUGGCUUCACAACGGGAUGGAGAUCCAGGAGACGGAGGACUUCCACUUUGAACAGAGUGGGAACACCUACAGCCUCUACAUCCAAGAAGUGUUCCCGGAGGACACGGGGUCCUACACCUGCCAAGCCUGGAACCUCCUGGGACUGGCCAAGACGGAGGCGGGGCUCACUGUGCAAGAACCGCAGGAAGGAACGCAGCCGUGGUUUAUCAGCAAACCCCAAGCCCUGACCUUGUCCCCGGGUCAGAACGCGCUGAUCACCUGCGCCAUCGCCGGAGACCCCUUCCCCGAGGUGCAGUGGCUGAAGGACGGCCGCAUGCUGGUGGACUGCAAUGUCCUGAAGAAUGAAGACGUCUUCACGCUGAUCCUGAGGAACGUCACCGACAGAGACGCCGGGGUCUAUACAAUCAAUCUCAAGAACGCGGUGGGCGAAUGCGGCUGCCAGGUGCCUCUGAUGCUGCGGGAGAGCUCGGCGGGGUCGCAGUUUGGAGAGCACGGGGAGCAGCUGGGAUUUGCAGAGAGGGAUGGAGAUGUAGAUGCGCUUAGAGGGGUCACCCAAAGAGACGACCAAGAAGAGACCAUCCGCGGCGUGCUGAAGAGAAGAGUGGAGGUGAAGGAGCGCACCGAGGACAGACUCCGACAGCAAGAGGCAGAGCAAGUGGACUUCCGACGGGUUUUGGGAAGAAAGGUCAGCACCAGGAGCCUUUCAGAAGAGGACCUCAAGGAGGUAUCGGCCGACCAGAUGGACUUCAGAGCUAACCUUAAAGGGCAGGUCAAGCCCAAAGCCCCGGAGGAUGACAAAAAGCUCAACACCCCCCAGCAGGUGGAUUUUCGCUCCGUCUUGGGGAAAAAGGGCUCUACGCCAAAGACCCCCGUGGUAGAAAAGACCCCGGUCAAAGCGUCCACCCCGGACUUCAGGUCUCUUCUGGGCAGCAAGAAGAAAGGGCCCACUGAGAAUGGCAGUGCCAACAGCACCGAGCCUCAUGAGAACGCCAAGCCGUUUGGAGAUAGGCUAAAGUCAGUUGCCAAGGAUGAGAAGGCAAAGCCUGCGGUCAAGGAGGAAAAUGCAAAGCCGGCGUUCCUUCAAGACAAACUAAAGCCAGUGGGCAAGGAAGAAAAUGCCAAACCGGCCGCCAUUCAAGACAAACUAAAGCCAGUGGGCAAGGAGGAAAAUGCCAAACCGGCUGCCAUUCCAGACAAAUUUAAGCCAGUGGGCAAGGAGGAAAAUGCCAAACCAGCUGCCAUUCAAGACAAAUUUAAGCCAGUGGGCAAGGAGGAAAAUGCCAAACCGGCCACCAUUCAAGACAAACUAAAGCCAGUGGGCAAGGAGGAAAAUGCCAAACCGGCGGCCAUUCAAGACAAAUUUAAGCCAGUGGGCAAGGAGGAAAACGCCAAGCCCGCGCCCGGUCAAGAUAAAUUUAAGCCGCUGGUCAAAGAGGAAACUGCCAAACCAGCGGCAGCGCAAGACAAACUAAAGCCCGUAGCCAACCAAGAGAAAGCAAAACCCUUCGUCAAAGACGAUAAGCCAAAACCUAUAGUCAAGGAGGAAAAUGCCAAACCGGCAGUCAACCAGGAAAAAGCAAAAACUUUGGAGAAGGAUGAAAAGGCAAAACCAGCUGCGAAGGAAGAAAUCUCAAAGCCCCCGGUGAAAAAAGAGAGCGCACCUGUUGUAGAGGAGAACGCCAAACCCGUCGAGGAAAAUGCCACGCCGGCGGUCAAGGAGGAGAAAGUGGAGCAGAACUGCCUGUCGGUGGUGGAUGGAGAAGUGGAGAACAAGGCUGAAGAAGGCUCAGGGGCUCCUCCGGUCUUCUCUGAAGUUUUGCAGGACUUGAAGUUGGUGGAUGGAGAGAAGCUGCUUCUACAGUGCCAGGUCACCUCAGAGCCACCGCCGGCCGUGACGUGGACCCUCGAUGGAAAAGUCAUAAAGUCCUCCAAGUUCAUCGUUCUCGCCCAGGAGGGCCCCCUCUUCUCUCUCACCAUAGAGAAGACGUUCCCGGAGGACGGCGGUCAGUAUAAAUGUAUAGCGGAGAACUCGGCGGGGAAGGCGGAGUGCUCCUGUAAUGUUUCUGUAGAAGAUACUUCCGGAAAAACAGAAAUAAAGAAAACCAAAAAGCCUCGAAGUAAUGCGGCCCCAGCCGGCACAUCGGAGAAUGGGGCCACCAUCAAGAGGAAGGCAGCUCCGAAGACCCCCCCUAAAGCAGCGUCUGUACCCCAAAUCCUCCAAUUUCCCGAAGACCAGAAAGUCCGCGCCGGGGAGAAUGUGGUGCUUCUGUCCAAAGUGGCCGGGAUGCCGCCGAUCACCUGCACCUGGAUGAAGUUCAAGAGAGAGAUCAAAGACAGUGAGUUCAUCAAGGUGGAGAGCUCGGAGGACUCCAGCAAACUGACCAUCUCAUGUGCCCGCCAGGAGCACUGCGGCUGCUACACGCUGGUGGUGGAGAACAAGCAGGGCUCCAAGCAAGCCCAGGUCAACCUGACCGUAUUCGAUAAGCCGGACCCCCCGGCCGGGCAGCCCUGCACCUCGGAGAUGAAGGGCUCGGCCCUGACCCUGUCCUGGUACGGCCCCACCUAUGACGGAGGCAGCGUGGUCCAGUCCUACUCGGUGGAGAUCUGGGACUCCGUGGACAAGACGUGGUCGGACCUGACGCAGUGCAGGAGCACCUCCUUCAACGUGGAGAACCUUCUGCACGACCGCGAGUACAAGUUCCGGAUCCGGGCCACCAACGUGUACGGAACCAGCGAGCCCAGCCAGGAAUCCGACCCCGUGGCCUACAAGGAGAAAGUAGAAGGAGAACAUAAAGAUGAAGUUGAAGUGUCCGAUGAUGAGGAAAUGUCGGAGUCGGAUUACCGGAAUGUCUCUCUGAACACCACGCAGAAGGUGGCGGAGUUCUACGAUGUGGAGGAGCGGCUGGGGACGGGGAAAUUCGGACAAGUCUUCCGAUUGGUGGAUAAGAAGACGAAGAAGGUUUGGGCGGGGAAGUUCUUCAAGGCGUACUCCGCCAAGGACAAAGAGGGGAUCCGGCAGGAGAUCGACAUCAUGAACGACCUGCACCACCCCAAGCUGGUCCAGUGCAUCGACGCCUUCGAGUCCAAAGCCGACAUGGUGAUGGUCCUGGAACUGGUGUCCGGCGGCGAGCUGUUUGAGCGAAUCAUCGAUGAGGAUUUCGAGCUGACGGAAAGAGAAGUCAUUAAAUACAUGAAGCAGAUUUCGGAGGGGGUGGAGUUCAUCCACAAGAAGGGGAUCGUCCACCUGGACCUGAAACCCGAGAACAUCAUGUGCGUCAACAAGACCGGAACCAAAAUCAAACUCAUAGACUUCGGCCUGGCCAGGAGACUAGAGAGCACCCCAAACCUCAAAGUCUUGUUUGGGACCCCGGAAUUUGUGGCCCCAGAAGUCAUCAACUAUGAGCUCAUCGGCUACGCCACGGACAUGUGGAGCAUCGGGGUCAUCUGCUACAUCCUGGUGAGCGGUCUCUCGCCCUUUAUGGGUGAUAACGAUAACGAGACGUUGGCGAAUGUCACCUCCGCUACCUGGGACUUUGACGACGAAGCCUUCGAUGAGAUCUCCGAGGACGCCAAAGACCUGAUCAGCAGUCUGCUCAAAAAAGACAUGAAGAGUCGCCUGAAUUGCACGCAAUGCCUGCAGCACCCCUGGCUACAGCAAGACACCAACACCAUGGAGGCCAAAAAACUCUCCAAGGAGAGGAUGAAGAAGUACAUGGCCCGGCGGAAGUGGCAGAAAACCGGCAAUGCUGUGCGAGCCAUCGGGCGUCUCUCUUCCAUGGCGAUGAUCUCCGGGAUGGGCGCCAGGAAGUCUUCUGGAAGUUCCCCAACCAGCCCAUUGUCUGUAGAACCGGAGAUCGGAGAAGAUGACGGCCAGGCCUUCCUGGAGUCCGUGUCGGAGGAGAAGCCUCCAAUGAAGCCGGUUUUCACCAAGACCAUGUUGGAUAUCGAAGUGGUGGAGGGCAGCGCGGCCAGAUUCGACUGCAGGAUCGAAGGUCAUCCCGACCCCGAGGUGAUCUGGUACAAGGACGAACAGCCAAUCAAAGAGUCUCGCCACUUCCAGAUCGAGUAUGAUGAAGACGGCAACUGCUCCCUCACCAUCUCAGAGGUGUGCGGCGACGAUGAUGCCAAGUACACGUGCAAAGCCAGCAACAGCCAGGGGGAGGCGUCCUGUACCGGUGAGCUCAUUGUGGAGGUGAUGGCGGAGGAGGAGGAGGAGGAGGAAGAAGAAGAGGAAGAGGAGGAGGAAGAGGAAGAGGAGGAGUGAAGGAUACUCCAUGUUGGACUUAUCUCUAUUGAGGGGACUUUCCCGUCCAGAUCCCAGAGGGACUCUUCUUCUUCUUCGAGAACCUGGAAGCCAUAUUUACAUGCACAGUUUGAAGAGCACGUCCGCGGCCAAUCAGAUGAGAGUUGUUCCUUUUCUCCGAGGGCAUUAUCGCUGCUCAGCCGUAACAGACAAAAUGAUGACUCUUGUGGGGGUGGGGUUGGGUGG